CACGUUAGUUUACCAAGCCGAAAUCAGCCAGCCAGGCAGAGACGCGAUGAUCUCCUGAAAAUAUGAUCGUGAUCUGCUGGAAAAAUCUGUCCGACACAAUCAUGACGAGCAGACGAGCCUCGGCGGCAUGGCUCACUUAAGCGAGCGCUGUCUUUUAGAGCAGUUACGCGUUUCUUGCUGGUGUGUGACACAUUUAUUGGGACGAUACAGCAGAUCAGUGUGAACAAAGGGAAAGGCUUCAGAGCUAGAAUGCUUCGGGCCUAAAAGAAGCCAAGAGGAAAUACAGCAGUGACGAUUGAAGCGUGAAAGCUGCCGAUCAAGAAAACUGUGCCUCAAAAGUGGACCGUACUAAAGCGGAGGGAGCCGUAGCUGGACAGAGCCAUCGAGUUGUCUGGAAUUUUCUCUCAAUCCUCUUCCAAUGGUUCAUUGGUUGAGGCCAUGGCCUCUCAGUCAGGCAACAUGAACCGUGAAGACCGGAAUGUGCUCCGUAUGAAAGAAAGGGAAAGGAGAAAUCAAGAAAUCCAGCAGGGAGGAGAGGCCUUUCCAGCUAACUCCCCCCUCUUUCCUGAACCUAUUAAAGUUCAGGCCAAGGAAGAUAAACUCUCAAGUCGCAUCCAGAGCAUGCUGGGAAAUUACGACGAGAUGAAGGAGACCCUCGGUGAACCCCCAAUGUCCAAGCUCAUUCCCAAAGCCUCCAGCUCGUCCUCGGAAGAUAAGCCCGGCCAGUACGGCGACCAGCGCGGAGGCACACAGGGUCAGAACAGUAAAUGGACUCCGGUUGGCCCGGCUCCUCCUGGCAUCUCUUCCACGACCUCCUCCUCCUCCUCUUCCUCCUUGCCGAAGCGUUCGUCAGUGCAGGGAAGCCGUAGCGGGAAGAAGUCCAGCAAGCACGGAUCCGAACACAAGUCCCACUCCACCUCCAGCCCGGCCAAGGGCUCCGUGAGCUCCGGCUCACACUCGCGCUCCCGCACCAAAUCCCCCCGCGACCGAGAAGCCAACUGGGACUCGCCCUCCAGAGUUCCUUCCUUCUCCAGCGGACAGCAUCCCAGCCAGACCUUCCCGCCCUCCCUCAUCAAGCCCAGCUCCAUGCUCCAGAAACCCACCGCGUAUGUGCGGCCCAUGGACGGCCUGGAGACGGCCGAGCCCAAGAGCGCCUCGGACUCGUACGGUGGCCAGUCGCACAGCGGUGCCGUGGGAGAAAUGAAGCCCAAUGGGAAGGCUUCUCUCACCAGGCUCAAGAUCCCCACGCAGCCUGUCGACGGUUCAAUGGGAGGAGAUGCGAGCUGUGUUGAUGAAAUUUUAAAGGAAAUGACUCAGGUCUGGCCUCCUCCGCUGACAGCCAUUCACACGCCCUGCAAGACUGAACCUUCAAAGUUUCCUUUCUCCACCUCCAAGGAUCCCCAGCACCUGCCUUUUGGGCCACAGAAAAAAAUCUCAGGGAAGAUCGCAUCCACCAGUCACCCGUCGAAGCCGAGCGACAGCGACCAGUCCAACACACUGCAGGAUGAUCUGAAGCUCAGCACCAGCGAAGACAGUGAUGGAGAGCAGGAUCCUGCCAAAAACACCUCAGCAAGUAACAACAGUAAUAACAGCGGGGGUGCGGAGCAAGAGGACAGCAGCGGGCGCAGCGGGUCGGAGAGCAGCUCCAGUUCGGACAGCGAGAGCGAGAGCAGCUCUUCAGAGAGCGAGACCAACGAGCCGCCACGUACUGCAACUCCUGAGCGGGAACAGCCCACUGUUAACAAAUGGCAGCUGGAAAACUGGAUCAAGAAGGAGAACAAGCUGUCCCCGGCUUCUCCGGUGGAGAACAGCAGCACGACGCCAACCAAGUAUAAGAAAGAGGGUCGAGAAACCAACUCGAGCAGAGUCUACAGUGGCCCCGGAUCUAAAGACCCCACGCCCUCCUCGGGACGAGACCUUCGGCCCAAUCAGAAGGGCUCAGAGAGCUGGCAAAGGCGAAGUCAGAAGUCUCCCGCUCAAAGUGAGGCCGUAAGUCAGGGCGGGCGACCAUUUGUGGGUAAAAAACGGCCUAAAAAGACUGAGAAGCCGCCGGUGGUUGAGGAACCGAAAGGUGGGUUGAAAGUAGAGACCGAACCCUCGCCUGAGAUCCCGUCACACCGCGCCCGCGCCCCCAACAAGGGCCUGCGCAAACCCAACAUCAAAAAGGAGCCCAAAACCUCCUCUCCCCGACCAACACCGGACAAACGCAAAAAGGUGCCCAAAAAGUCCCGUGAGAUCGUGGAGUCGUCCUCGUCGGACUCCGAGGGCAACGAGAGCGUCCCGUCGUCGUCGCAGACGCCCAGAGAUCAGUAUCCCGAGAACCCGUCCGCCCUGUUCUCGCCCAUGCUCUCGCCACUGAGCGACCCCGAGAGCAGGCUGCCCCCCCGACUGCUGGUGCAGAUCGACCUGAACCUGCUGUCCAGAGUGCCGGGACGCCUGCUGGAGGCGAAGGCGGAGAGGAGCUCGUCUGGGGAAGCCAAGGAGUCGCAGAAGCAGCCGGGAGAGAAGGGACCCAGCAAGGCCAAGAGAAAACACAAGAAUGAUGACGACGGUCUCAAACCGGACAGUAAGAAGUCUAAACAGGAUGAGAAGACCUCACACAAGCCCAGCAGUAAAGAGUCGUCUAAGCGGGAUAAAGAGAAGGAGUCUGCGCCCUCUCCUAACAUCACGCUGCAGCCGACGGCUAAACCCGAGCACCAACGCAAGCGCACGCCGAGCCAGUCCUCCAGCUCGCUUCCCAAAGACGGCAGCAAGAGCGGCUCCAGACACCGCAAUGGCGACAACAAGCCGCUGCGCAGGGAGGCCAAGGAGAAAAACUCUAAAACGGAAAACCCCGUGUCAGUGCCGCACAUCUCCGAUGGCUCCAAAUCCAGAUCCAAACUCCUGUUUGAGGACAGGAUUCAUUCUGCUGAUCAUUACCUUCAAGAGGCGAAGAAACUGAAACACAACGCGGAUGCUCUGGUGAGGAUGGACAGGUUUGAGAAGGCUGUGUAUUACCUGGACGCUGUGGUGUCGUUCAUCGAGUGCGGAAACGCUUUGGAGAAAAGCGCCCAGGAAGCCAAAUCCCCCUUUCCAAUGUAUGCCGAAACCGUUGAGCUCAUCAAGUACACGAUGAAGCUCAAGAGCUACAUGGCACCGGACGCCACAUCUGCAGACAAAAGACUCGCAGUGCUGUGUCUGAGGUGCCAGGCGCUCCUGUAUUUGAGGCUUUUCAAGCUCCGGAAAGAAAGUGCACUGAAAUACUCUAAAACGCUCACUGAACACUUGAAGAAUUCGUUGAGUAAUACCCAAGCUCCGUCUCCUGGAGUAGCAAAUAAGAGCGCAGGCAUGCCGUCUCCUGUGUCCCCCAAGCUCUCUCCGGGCAGCGCGGGCAGCUUCUCCUCCAGCAGCUCCAGCGUCAGCGCCAGCUCCUCCGUCACCAUCCCUCAGCGCAUACACCAGAUGGCCGCCAGCUACGUGCAGGUCACCUCCAACUUCCUCUACGCCACCGAGGUGUGGGACCAGGCCGAGCAGCUCGCCAAAGAGCAGAGAGAGUUCUUCUGCGAGCUGGACAAGGCGAUGGGGGCGCUGAUCUUCAACACCAGUAGCAUGACCGAACUGGUGCGCUUCACACGGCAAGGCCUGCACUGGCUCCGGCUCGACGCCAAGCUCGUCCAGUAGAGCGUCCCGAACACUCACACACACACUCGAUCUGCCUCAGACAUCUGUGACACUGUGUUCGUUUCUACACCAGCUUGCCAAAAACGAAAACACUCCUCCUCCUCCAUCACCACAGACCAUAUAAAGAGGAGAUCGCAUGUUCGUCUGCAGAGCCUCCACACGCCGCGUCGUCCUGCUCAUAUCAUUGGCUCGUUUCCGGAAGAAGAAGAAGAACAAGAAAAAAAAAAGCCUCUUUUUUGGUUUUACUUUGACUAAUGGGGUUUUGUUGUGUUUUUGCUGGCUGUAAGCAAACAUGAAUAAUAAUUGGAUGUUUAUAGCUUUUUAAUUUCAACCAAAGUACCUCCCUUUAACCAAAGGUGCUUUACAAUUCCUCCUUUUAUCAUUUUUAUUGUGCCUUGUAUUUGAUAUACAGGAAACUAAGAGACACAAUAUCUUCUGGAGAGGUUGAGGUGUGAGAGAACAUGUGACGCGGUGGCAUCUCCAACGACUCGUGCAUACCAGACCAAAAGACUGUUCGCGUCAUAUCAAGGCAUUAUUACUAAUGUGCCGUGUUUGGUUUCUGUUCGGCCCGGCUCACGCGCAAAUCAGAGCGAGCCCGUCGGGUCGGCGUACGUCACUACUGCAAACGCCCGAGCCCAGGUUUUCUUUUUUUAUAUACGAAAAAUGUAGCGCUCGCAUCUCACCGCGGCGGGGUUUCUGGUAUUAAACGCAGGAGUAUUUUAUUACCGGCGCCUAAUAUAGAUUUUAUUUAGAUAACAACUUGGAUUUCACUCUUGGGUUUUCGGCAUGGAUACAGGGUUGCAAUACGAGAUGAGAGACGUAUUUCUAUUGUAUAUGAAAAUAUCAUAUUUAAAUAUUUAAUGUGAGUCUUGAGGUUGCCUUUAUAGUGUCAUAGUCACCUGUGUGUUGCAGUUCUUUGAAAAGAAAUCGGUCACGUGAGGAUAUAUUUAUGACGUUGUGCGUGAUAUUGCGUAGUUUUCUCAGUGCAGACCGGGAAUCGGACCGCAAAACAAGGUGAAAGGUCAAUCCACGACGUAUGAAAUGCUGGAAACAUUCUCCGAUUGGCUCCCGAACAUUUUUUAGUUCAUCUGUUUCCGUCUAUGCAGACGUUUGUCGAAUGGAAACCUUCUAGACGUUCGACAUUUAAGAAGAAAUCCUCUCGGAGAUUUGGUCAAUUGUUGAUUGUGCUUUUUUGUCAGUGAAAUCAUGCACUAAUGUGGUUUAUGUACCAGAUUCACCAGAAGAAAGAAUAUGAUUGGCUAAAAUGAUAUUCCCAGUUUCCUCCUCCUGUUUUUACUGGUUUCAUCUUUUCUACUAGACUUUUAGAUUGAUUUGAUUUAAAUUCGUCUUUAAUUGUCUUGGCGAUCAUGACUUUCCCCUGGGUGAGAUAUUUUUUUUUUUUUUUUUUUUUUUAUAUAUAUAUAAUUAUUAUUAUUAUUCUUUCAUCCAAUUGAAAAAUAACACUCGCAUGUUUCUAUUUAAAUACUAAGCUGUACAGAUGUACAUAAAAAUCUCUUUUAGGGUAAAUUUUUACAACGAUUUAACAUUUGUAUUAAUUGUACAUAGAAUGUGAAUAUAUGAAAUGCACAUCUUUUUGGUUUUUCAACAGAACACUGUAUGUUGGUAAUGUCAGUACGAUUGUUCGCGUUUCCUGUGCUUUGUCAUUCAGAUGUGAUGUUGAAACGAGGAUGAGGAAGAUCUGCCUAAACUUCAUCAGGUCUUCCACACGUCUGUGUGUCGUUCUCGCUUGAUGGUCGUCUCCAAGCAUUCAUUGGCAAACAGUAUAAGAUCGAUUUAGUUUUAAAAGUAUUGAGAAGAGAUUGAGGAAUCUACAUAUAUAUUCGUAUAUGGAUGCAAUAUGAUCUAUGAUUUAAAGGUACUCUUAUGAGCCUCGAUUAUCCAAACUUGUAAUAACUUGUAAUUUAAACACUUUUUUUUUUUUUUUUGGUGAAGUAUUACUAAUGGAUUUUCUGAGUCUGUUGCGAAUCAUCUUUGUAUUUUGCUGUAUUGAGAAUAAAACGUAUAUGAUUAAAAAUGUU